CGGGGCAUCCGGAGCCUGUGCCGGACCUGCGGCGCGACGAUCGCGAAAUUGGACGUCGACGGCGCGCCGCGCGUCGACGACGCGGCCAUCGCGACGGUCGCCAAGUUCUGCAAAAACCUGGCGCGCCUGGGCGUCGACUCCUGCGCGCGCGUGACGGACCUGGGGCUGGUGGCCGUGGCGACGUCCUGCGUCUUCCUGGAGCGGCUCCGGGCCGCGGGCUGCGGCGGCGACCGGCACCCGAUCACGUCGAAGACGGCCGAGGCCAUCGGCCGGAACUGCCCCAGGGCGACGACGCUGGACCUGAGCCGGAGCGAGGUCGGGCGGAGCGGCCUGCUCGCCAUCGCCGCGGGCUGCACAUUAUUAGAAACGUUGAAGGUCAACAAGUGCGAGUACGUCGACGACGUCGCCGUCGACGCGAUCUUGGCGGGCUGCCCGAAGCUCAAAGCGCUCCACCUCGCGACCUGC